AUUUAUGGAUAUUUAUUCAUUUACAAUGUUACCGUUGAAGAAAUUUCUUUACCAUCACUUCGAGUUAUUUGGGGAGAAAAAUUACUGGAGGGAAGUGCAAUAACUGUUGGAUCAUCAUUAACCUUAAGAUAUUUAAAUAUGCCAUCCUUAAGAUCAAUUGUUUCUGGUAUUGUAAGAAUACACGAUUCACCACUUUUGUGUUAUAUGGAGCAAGAUUUGACAAAAGAUAACACUGAUAAUGAUAAAAAUGUUGAUUAUAAAGAAUUUCUUGGUGACAAUUUUAGAGAAAGAUUGGACUUGAACCCGUUUAGUGCUCAAUGUCGAGCAGCACCAACAUGUAGUAAACAAUGCAGAGAAAAGAAUUGUUUUGGGAGUCGGCCUGAUCAAUGUCAACAUGAGAGAGAGAAUGGGAAAGAAAAGAAUGACGCUAGUUAA